ACGUGUGUGUGUGUGUUCAGUGUCAGCACGGUUACACGCGGCACGGGUGGCAACCCUGGCAGCAGCGUACCAGCGACAGCAGCAGCAGCAGCAGCAGCAGCAAUACAUUCAAACAGCGAGAGAGAGAAAGAGAGGGAAAAAAGCCACACUCGCUCACACUUUGACUGAUCUCGCUUCGCCCGUGUGUGUAUUCUUCGCCCCUGCCAGGCGGACCCGUUCAAAAAGAAGUCGUCUCGAAGGCCAGGCGGCCGCCAUGUUGGAGUUUGCAUGUUUGCUCAGAAAUCGAUUUUGAAGUGUGUCUCCGGUCGUCGUACCGCCGCGUCAAAAAGAGAUUGUGAAGUUUUAGCAAGUUUUGACAAUUGAAGUCGCGCGCCGUCCUCGUCGCGCAGAGGGGACACGGUGACGCAGAGCCAAAUUUGCGAGUGGCAAGCCGUUUUUCUUUAUUAUUUCUACGUGUGGUGGUCCCCCUCCAAGAGAAAGGGCGCAGCGAGUGGUGGUGGCGCUGCAGGUUUUUGGGAAGCGAAUUUUUUGUGCAGCGCGGUCCUUGUGCUGUCACGGAACAACCGCUGCUGGGCUGGCCCGGAACGUAGCCCCAUCGGCCUUAACAGCCCUCCUACUGGACGCGACGGAGGAAGGAAACGGUCGACAAACAGAGCACGGAAGGAGAGCGCGCGCGUUUGUUCUGGGCGCGCAAUUUGGCCGACCCCGACACACAUGACGGGUUAGUUUCAUUAUUCCGCGUUACGUUGUUGUUUUUCCUCUGUUCGUUUCUACGAAAUUUUUGUUUCUGAACUGUGUGAGACUGUGUUGUGUUUGCGCGGGUGCCCUCGGUGGUCAGUGUUGCCGCGUAGGGAAAGAGUUUAGCCACAAGAAACCCUCGGAACGCGAACCACAGUGCAAGAGAGCGUGUGUGCGGUGCAGGGGUUGCGGCGGCGGCGGUAGAGGUGGUGCCGUUAGCAGUGUGUGUCAUCAUGAAUUAUACGGCAUGAUUCGUUUCUCGAGCCGUUCAAAGCCCGCUCGGAUCGCUGGUAGUGGUAGUGGUGGUGGCAGUGACUGACCUGCUGCCGGGGCCAAAAUACGCGCAGUCCAGUGUCCCCCCACCGACACCGACAAAAAAGGCGACGCAUACGUAUUUCAUCAUCCACCGCCGCUGCUGUUGUUUUUUUUCUAGUUUUUAGCAGUGUGUGAAUUGCUGGACGAAAAUGUGCUGUACCGCAGAAUGCGUUUGGUAGUUUCACCGAAAGAGAGAGAGAGAGAACGACAACGGUGUGGUAUUGCAACUUCGCGGUGGGCUUGUGACGGAAAAUAAUCUAUCCGCAACACGCAAUUAUGCUGGAGUGUGACGUUUUUAUCAUUCGCUUUUUUUUUCGUUCGUCUUUCUUCUGUUUUGUUCAAAAGGGCGCGCGCGAUAACGGUACGCCCACUUCGGUGUUGCGCGAACCCCUGCUUUCCGGCGCCAUUUCUCCCUCCCUGUGUGUGUGUGUGUGAGUGUGUGUAUGUCCUAAAUCGCAAACGUGAAAGAAAAUCGUCGCGAAAAGUGGCGUGUGUGUGUGUACCCCUUUCUUGUGCUUUACUCUUGGUGCAAUUGUGAAGCAAAGAGAAGAAAGAAAAAAAGUGCUGCCGCUGCCCAUUCGUCCCCCUUCCUCAGUAUUCUUUUGCGUUGCUGCGGCUUGUUAGAGUGAAAGAGCACGUGCGAGAAAGAGAAGGAGCGGUUCGAUGUGAGAAUUCCGCGGGCGAAAUAGACGAACCGCCCCAGAGACCACGGGCCGCGGCAUUUCGAACUCCGCGUGGGCUUGCUCUGGUGCUAUUGGUAUUAGUGCACGGAAGAGUUUUGUAUGUGUGUGUGUGUGCGUGAAUAGAAGAACGCUGCAUUCCGGGCGAAAGUGGUGUGCGUACACAGUCCCGAAAAGGGCCUCCGAAUAUACCCGUCUCUUUCUUGCUACAGAAGCCCUUACGGGGCGGGCGCCGCAAUCGAGGCUGCACCGUUGCGUGUGCGUACAGUGUGUGUGUGCGCGCGCGCGCGCGUGUGUGUGUGAUAUCGUAGAGCCGCUGAUGCUGCUGCUUGUGCUUGGGGGCACACGGUCGAGAGAGCGUACAUCCAAGCACACACAGCCAAAGCGGACGGAAGAAGGGCAAGAUCGCUGAUACACCACGGCGCUGCUGUUUUGGAGCACAUUGGUAAAGCCCUGCGAAGAUCGUCUCACAUACAAUUAGCUGUGGUGGUGUAGUGUUGUGUGAGGGAAGCGAAGAAAAAGCACCAAACGCGGGCUCGUCGCCGUUGUGUUGUGUUGUUGCGAAAGGACGCGCGCACCGCUACCUCAUUGUUGUUCCGGCUAGGGGGGGGGGGGGGGGGGGGGGCAUUGUUCUCCUGUGUGUUGUUUUGCGUUUGUAGAAGCCGUCAAACGAUCUCUCCAUCUCGUUCGUUCGCGGCCGUUUCCAAACGGCAACAACAGCGUCCUCUUCCAUUAUUGUGCGUUCCCGGCGUGUGUGCGUGUGUGUGCAUUUCACUGGCGGUGUCUCUGCUGCUACAACAAGACGACGGCGGAUGGUGUCAUGGUCGUGUGCAGAAGGAACGAGCUAGUAACCGCCUAAAAUUGACACCCACCAACGCUAGAAGAGAAGGCACGUCCAAAACCAAACGCGCAGGAAGGUGAGCUGUCGGUGCUGCACCUCCCCGGGUCUCACAUCGCAGCAGCCCGCGUCCCCUUACUUGCUCGAUGCCGCUAGCAGCAGCCACGGCAACCGUGCGCAUUCCAUCAUACGGCUGUGGAUUGAAAACAUCUUCCCGAAGGCGAAGACGGCGACGAACAGCAGCAGCAGCAUCUGUGCUAGAGCAAAUUUCCAACGCGCCAAGACACUAACCACAAUCCUUCGCUGCAAUCGAGCGAAAGAGAGAAGGAGAGAGUACGAGAGAAAAGUACGCAUUAAAAGAAAGUGCGACGCACUAUUGCCGCGUGCGACGGCCCAACUUUUACAACUUCCACGCUGAGACGCGCGAACAACGCACUCGUGUCUCGGUUUAACAUAUCGACAGUUGCAGAGAGAAAGAGGGAAGCACGGCGGAGGCAAACGUCGACUAGAAGAAAGGAAAAAUGCAGAAGAAAAUAAUACAGCAGCAGUUACCGCAAGUGCGGAAGGUCUUCACGACCACCACGGCCCAGCAGCACCAUAGCCAGCAGCCGCAGCAUCAGCAGCAGCAGCUGAACGCGGUGAAAAAGAUCAACAGCCUGCUGCAGAGCGGCUCGGUCAGCGUGACGGGCAUUCCGUCCGGCCAGCAGCAGCAGCGCAUCAUACACAAGAAACCCCUCACCCCGGUCACGGUGUCGAGCGCGAGCAACAACAGUUUCGCGGGCAGACCACCGCACAAAUGCUACAUCUGCGGGGAGAAUGCGGGCGCAAACGCGACCCUCAUCUCGGAAGCGUCCACCACGACCACGCAAACCGAGUACGUGGUCAAGCUGGCGAAGGUGAUCGGCUCGGACUACUCGGUCGUGCUGACGGUGGAGGACGUGAUCUGUCGCCGGUGCAUCAUGCUGCUGAACCAGUACGACAAGCUCGAGUCGGAGCUGGACACGCUGCGCGGCACGCUGCUCGGCUUCAUUCACAAAAAGAACAACAUCCCGGACGAUGCGGAUGCGUCCGGCAUGCUCGGUUCGCCGCCGUCCAAGAUGCCGAAGCUGACGCCCAUCAGCUCGGCCGGUAGCGGCGGCACGGUGUCCACACCGAUCGGUAACGUGAUGUACAAGGUGGCUAGCGGCGGGCAGCAGCAGGUGGGCGAAAACUUCCUGUCCACGUCCGGGUCAGAUCUGAACACCAGCAAUACCUCCGACGUGGAAGCGCAGCUGACGAGCAUGUUCGAGAAGGGCUCGACGACAUCGCCCGGCACAUCCGGCCAGCAGCAGCAGCAGCCCGUCAAGCAGCACAUCGUCGUGACCACGAACAAUGGUGGCAUGGUGGGGGCAGAAAACGCAACGGGAGGCACCACCACCACCACCGUUGGUGGGCUGGCCGCGAACCGGAAGGGCACCAAGAUGUACAAGUGCAUACCGUGCGGAUUCAAGACGACCGACCUGUCCCAGUUCCAGCCCCAUUACGCGACCUGCCCGCCACGGCUCGCCGGGCUCGCCGCGCAGAACGCGAACAGUCCGAACGCGACCGCCAACACCACCACCACCACCACCACCACUACCACGACCGGGUACCGGUGCAAGCUGUGCAAGCUUGUGUUUGCCAACGUCGCCUUGCUGAAGCAGCACAGCCUGCAGGAGCAUCAGCAGCAGAUGCAGCAGUCCCAGCAGAAGACGAUCGUCACCACCACCACCGCGUCGUCGGCGGCGACGGGCGGUGCCGUGACGCAACAGGACCACCACCACCAGCAGGGCUCAACCGGCGGCAGCACCGUCUACUCCUGCACGGUGUGCAACACGUACAAGACGACGGACAAGCAGGCGUACGACGACCAUCUGCGGAAGCACAUCAAGCUAAAGCCGUUCAAGUGUCGCGUCUGCCUGAUGCGCUUCGAAACCCGCGAGCAGGCGUCGAUCCACGCGAAACAGCACCAGCCGGACUAUUUUAAGUGCGGCAUCUGCAACGUAACGUUCAACAAGCGCGAGCAGCUCAUGAGUCAUCUGGAGGUGCAUGAGUCGGCCAAGAAGCCGGUGAAACAGCCGGCCCAGCAGCAGCAGCAGCAACAGCAGCAACAGCAACAGCAGGAGCAACUGCAACAACAGCAGCAACAGCAACAACAGCUCGCGACCGUAACCGAUUCCUCCACGCAGAAGCUGCUCCAGGCGUCGAUCGACGAAGCGCUGCGGGGCACGAUCAGCGAAUCGAUGGGCGACUCGAACGUCAUCCAGUUCUACACCUGCAACUCCUGCUCACUCACAUUCCUGAGCGAACCGCUGUACACGCAGCACAUCAAGACGCACACGGCGGGCACUGCAGCGGCAGCAGCACCGGCCGCGAUAGCUUCGGGCGUCGAGCAGCAGCUGCAAGCGCACCAGGGCCACCAGUCGCAGCAGCUAAUGCAGCUGAACAGUGGCACGGGAGGCGUGCGGAAAUCGAUUGCCACUUCCGCCGCCGUCGUGAACAAUGCGUCCUCGACGGAUGGCACUAGCAGGAUGAUCACGACGACGAGCGGCAGCAGCAGCAACACCACCACCGCUAACAGUGGGUCAAACGCUGGCUCGAACACAAUUACCGACGGCGAUCUCGAGAGCAUCUUCGAGCGGAUGCACUCCGAAUCGAAGGGAUCCGAUUCGCGCACGUCGACGACGACGACCACGACGACGGAGAGCAACAACGUGAUCAUAACGAAUCAGGACGGUUCGACCGGAAACAUUACGUUUAACAUUACGCUACCCCAGCAGGAAGAUGGAACGUACGAGCAGCAGCAGCAGCAACAGCAGGAACAGCAACAGUCCGUAGGCAUCGAUAUGCCAACGCUCGACCAAGGAGACGAUCAGCACCAGAAGGAAGAGCAGCAGCAACAGCAGCAACACAUGCAAAGCAUGCCCGUCAGCAUGCCCAGCCUGGACGAUGACGGCGAGCAGUCGCAGAACAGCCAAAACUCCAACACGGAGAACGUGCCGAUGGAGCUGGAGGACAUGCAGGGCGGCGAGGGCCAGCAGAUCAACCUGAUCCUGAACGAUGGGCAGGUGCUGCAGCUGGACAAUCACAUCCUGACGACGGACGCGGAGGGCAACCAGAUACUGGUGCAGGGCACGGACUCGGAACAGAUCCAGCAGCUGCUGCAGAGCGUCGGCGUGGUGAUGCAGGGCGGCGAGGGACUGGGCGAGGGCGAAACGCUGCAGAUGAUUAGCGGCGACGGCAACAACCAGAUGAUACUGGUGCAGGGGGCCGACGGGCAGGAGCAGCUGAUCGACGCGUCGCUGCUGAACGCGGACGGCAACAUCGUCAUCCAGCAGUCGCAGGAGGGCGAGCUGAACGCGGAGGGUACCCACAUUACGACCGAGGACGGGCUGCAGAUCCCCGUCUCGGUCGCGUUCACCACGGCCGGCGGUGAGGCGGGCCACGAGGGCCAGCUGACCGUGUCGGUGGCGGACGGUGGCGAGCAGCAGCUGCAGCUGCACCUGCAGCAAGCGGCCGAAGGAGAGGAUGGGCAGCAGCAGCAGCAUCACCAUCAUCACCACCAUCACCACGGUGGGGAUGGCGGCGGUGGUGACCAUCAGCAGCAGGGAGCGAUCCUUACCGAGAGUGGACAGAUCAUCCUGCAGGCGAAGGAACACGACGAGGAGGCAACCAUGAAGGAGGAGAACGGUUCGGCCAUCGCCAGUGAGGACGUGACGGCGGCGGCGGCCGCGGACGGCGGUGGCCAGACGAAUGGUGGGGGCGCGGAAACGACGAACGGCUCGAACGGCACGACCGUCACCACGACGACGACAGCUACCUCCGGGACGGCGGGUACGAACGUCGUAACGUCCUCCAAUGCCGGUGACGAUCAGAUGUUCAACUUUGACGAGCUGAUCCAGCCGCAGAUCGUCAUCAAGCAGCAGCAGGUUAAAUAGGUCCAUUAAUGAUAGUUUUUAGAGAGGAUACGUACGACAUAAUCAUCUUUCAUAUUGGGCUUGGAAUCCAUACGGCUUCCUUUCCUCCAUAUACAUAUGGUUCACCUUGUCAGGUGCGUUUGCAAGCUGCACGUUUAAAAGCACCUCUUGGUGAGUGGCUGCCGCGGCCUACAUUACGGGAUCCAUCCGGGGCUCUCUCCGCAAGCAGCAGCAGCAACACAGCCACAACCACGUGACCUUUCCUGGUGAUCCAGCAGGAGUGGCAUCUGUAAAACAGAGGAAAGGACACACACAUACAUACAUACAUAUAGGUUGCGGUUGCACAUCCCAAGCAAAAGAGAGAAAGAGAGAGAGAGAGAGAGAGAGAGAUAGAGAGACCGAUCGCGGCAUCGUGUAAAUGUUAUUAGCUUGUACUAGCCUUUGGUUUGUCACACGGAAAGAAUGCUAUAAAUGAUGUGUGUGUGUGUGUGUGCAUGGUGUGUGUUAGAUUGCAUCUCGUUACAUUGUACAUAUUUUGGCGUAAACACACACGCACACACACAGACAUACACACUACUUUCUAAUCUACUCUGAAUUUCAAACCGUGUCGCCGUGGAUGUGAAGAAUGGGAGCGCGUGGACGAAUGAAUGAAAUUCGUCGCAUUAAUUCGGGCGAAUAAUAUAACGCAAAUAGAAACUACACACACAUGCAGUGAGAGUGCGUGAAGAGAAUAGUGAAGGGAAGAUAUGGAUGAUCAAUACGAUGUUUGUUGUUAUGCAUUCUAAUCCAACACACGCACUCACACACACACACACAUGUGUGCUACUGUUUUUAGGGGGUGGUUGAUACACGUGUGGACGAACCACUCAGUCGAAAUGUAGAAAGGGGAAGAAAAUGCUGUGUGCCCGUUGAGGACAUACACACCCACACAAACACACCCCAUCCAGACACAGCAACAGAGCGUGUAGUUUCAUUUGGAGCAUAGCUUUUCUCGAUUAUGAAGGGAAAUUUACGACAGCAUGAUAUGAUGGCAGGCGCCUGCCUGCCUGCCUACCUCUACAGGAACUUUGUUUCGGUUUGUUUUAACCGUAAGAUUUUUAACGAUAACAAACAAAAUACAAUGAUAAAAGGACUCUGCAGUGGGAAGAGAGAGGGUCAAUGCGGUUCAACCGGUGGCUUUUCCCGACCGAUUAGGGACACGAAUUUUUAGUUUGGUGUGCGUGUGCGUGGAAUGUUGCUUUAAUGCAAACCGCGCAAUGCUUUGGGCAAGAAGUUGCAAAUUAUUUUAACACACAUACACCACACACGAUCAAUAAUUCGUUCGGGCAUCAUUAAUAGCUUUUAUUGAUGACCGCAAGCGCGCAGGUAGUAGAAAAGAAAGCAUGAAGGGAGGAGGUGGAAGGAAACACUAUCCUUUGCACGCACGCACACGCACAUACGGUAUCAUUUCCUCUAAUUUUCUCGUUCAUUUACACACACACAAACACACAAACACAAACACGCUCGGACACUUUCUUCCUUUCUUCAACUUUUUAGAAACAACCUAUAUUACUUUUAUCAUUUAAAUUAAUACUAAUGCAUAUAUAUUAACAAAAACAAACGCUAGCUUUAAAUGCGAUAAAAAACAGUUAUGCGAGCGUGUGUGUGCGCAUAUGACUAUGUGAGCAUGCAUGUGUGCGCGCGCGCGCGCGUGUGUGUGUGUAUGUGUGGUGUGUUUGCGAGGGAUGAACGAAGCCUCGAAUGAAUGUGGAAAUUUAUGGAUUGUAAGUUUAAUAUUAGCUAUUUGUUAACAUACCAGAAAACGCUAGAAUAAUAAAGGCUCAAGAGCAGAGGAAAAGCACACACA